AUGGAUCAGGAGUCCGGACACGUCACGAGCCUGGUCCCCGAGCAGCGAGACGGAGCCGUACUAAAUAUGAAAGCUGUUAAACUGUCAGCGCGGCUCCAUCGGCGUGUUGUACAACAUGAGGUCACGGGAAACACGAGCAGAGAGCUUUACCGCCUCUCACCAGAGCGCCGAGCAGCAGAGGGACAGGGAUCAGGCCUAGAUCAGUCGGGAUCAGCUGGGGAGGACCAGGGGGAGGACCAGGGGGAGGACCAGGGGGAGGACCAGGGGGAGGAUCAGGGGGAGGACCGGGGGGAGGACCGGCGAAAAGUGAAGACCGAUAUCCUCUCUCUCCCGAUGGAACGGCUUUGUUUGGGUGAUGAAAAUGAGCAAGGCAGACGCCCAGGACUCUGCUGCUGCUCCCUGCUGCUGCUGUGUUGUUACUGCUGUUACUCCUUCUGCUGCUGCUGUUACUCCUCCUGUUGCUCCUUCUGCUGCAGCUGUUACUCCUCCUGUUACUCCUCCUGUUGCUCCUUCUGCUGCUGCUCCUUCUGCUACAUGUCUUCAGAGAUGCAGAGCCCACUGUUCUAA